UUGUCUACUACGCAGAGACUGACGCAGAGUUGAGAGCCCAGACAAUGGGGAGACUGGACAAUGGCGUACUGCAGUGGAAAUACCAAUAGCAACACAAAUUAAGCAAUGAAGAGGUCUGUGUCAUCUGCAUUCGCACACGGUAGUGGUUCAGAUGCAGCAAAUCCACAAAAAAGAGCAGCUUUGGACAGAGGAAUCGGGCGAUGUGUCAGAGUCAAACGGACAGGCCCCUACCUGCUUGGUCCGAGACUUGGCACUUCGCCAGUGCGCAGCAUUGUGCAAUGCUUAGCUAGGAAAGAUGGCAGUGACGAGUUUUACACAAUAAAGAUAUUGUCGCUACCGUUGCGACCAGAAGAUGGAGAGGAAACUCAGGAUGACCGGCAGGGAAAGAUGUUACUACACACCGAAUAUUCCCUGCUGUCUCUUCUGCACAAUCAAGAUGGGGUUGUACAUCAUCAUGGCUUAUACAAGGAUGAAGCGUAUGAGGAGGAGGAAGGUGAGGGUAGCAGCACUGUGAUGGACGUUGUCCCUCGGCGUGUGCGCAUGCACAAGCGUCUGUGCCUCGUGCUUGACUGCCUUUGCGCACACGACUUCGAUGCGAAGACGGCUAACCUAGUCAAUCUCCAACACUAUGUCAUCAAAGAGAAGAAGCUUAGUGAGAAGGAAGCACUGGUAGUCUUCUGUGAUGUAGUUCGUGUCGUACAUAAUCUCCACCGGAAGAACAUCGUCCACCGUGACCUGAAGCUCGGUAACAUGGUGCUGAACAAGAGCAGCCGACGCGUGACCAUCACCAACUUCUGCCUCGGCAAGCACCUUGUGUCAGAGAGUGACCUGCUGAAGGACCAGCGCGGCAGCCCGGCGUACAUCAGCCCAGACGUGCUGAGCGGUAAACCGUACCUGGGCAAGCCGAGCGACAUGUGGGCGCUGGGCGUCGUGCUGUUCACCAUGCUGUACGGACAGUUCCCGUUUUACGACAGCAUGCCGCAGGAGCUGUUCCGCAAGAUCAAGGCAGCCGAGUUCCUCCUUCCAAGCGAUGGCCGGGUGUCGGAGAACACGACGUUGCUCAUUAAGAAGCUGCUUGUGCUCGACCCGAUGGCAAGACUGACCGCGUCACAGGUGCUCGACUGUCUCAGGACGACGAUCAGCCUCUGGCAUUCACUAAGUAGAGCUGGCCCCCUACAGGUGGUGCCAGACAUCGAUGAUCAGGAGCAAGCAGCUAGCAGUGCACAGGAAGAGAAACCAGCCGAGAGCCAACUCAGUGCUUUGGAACAGACGCUGCAGAACUCGCAAGGACUGGUGCUGCCCCCUCCCCGCAAACUGUCAUCCGUCAGCGUGCGACGGCGACCUCACACGUUGAUUCGGCGCGUCACGCAGGAUGCGCGACCUCUGACCUCGCAGGAAAUGGUCGUACAUCGGCACCUCUUGCCACCGUAGUGGCUAGCUCUCAUUGGGGUUGACGAUCGUCUACCAUGGCGAGAAACAGCAGCGAUCGAAUUAUCCAGCUGUUGCAAUACACAUUUUGAAUUAUCGAGUGCUAGCACUCCCAUGUAAAUCAAAGGUGUAGAACAGAUUAUCAGUUGAUCUGCAUGAUAAUGUCUGUCUACAUGUCUAAUACUUGCAUGCUGAUAUUUUUGUGCUGUUAUAGCAUCUUCUCAUAUAUUUUAUUUACUCGGAUAUAUUUUGCAUAACUCAGAUAUUUUGAUGGAGAACUCGAAAGAUCACAUAAGCAGAUUAGAUUCAUGUUUCGGUGUUUUGUUACAUAACAUGAUGGCACUGCAAAGAGAUGUACAACAUUAGUACUGAUUAUGAUAGAUACAUUCCCAAGUACCGAUCAUGAUACGUUAUAGUGGAGGUGUCUUCAUCACUUGGUAAUGAUGUAAUGAUGUGCAUGAUGUUGGAUUCUUUGAAUACAUAUUUUUUUAUUUAAAUGAAUUAUUGAUGUUCCCAUUGACGUUUUUACAGCGCCCAACAACAACAGCACAAACAAUGUAGCGUCUAUAAUAAGAUGGUACCAAAUGAAUCAAUCCAGUCUGGAACAGCAAGUGCCAAUAUAAGAUGUUACCUUUCAGUUUAUUUUAAAACGUUUUCUUCGCUACGGUGAGGAAAAACCAUUAGUUACAGCCAGUUUGCAGCAGUGUCAAAAAUAUAUGUAUAUAUACCCAUAAUAUCAUACAUACAUGUCCAAGGUCUACCAAGUGGCUAUGUGAAAUCGAAAGCACAACUCGUAACAACGUGCGUUUGUGUGAAGCAGUUACAGAGAUUAUCCUGCAAUGAUGUGCAGCUGCACACGGCAUUUAGGUACCUGCACAUCAUAAAUAUAUUGCCCUCUAUUGGCAUUGAUUAAGAAAAAGGCUCUGCUGGUUACUUGUAUGAAUACGAGCAUGGAGACAAUACAUAUAUUUAAUUGUCCUAUACUAAAUAUCCUUACUCGAUGGUUGUCUCGCCUAAAGAAUCGGUAGUGUGGUUAAUGAAUCUAUUCAUCUACCCGAUAUAUGUAAUCAUCUUACAUCAUCACUUCUACGAACCUUUUUAUAAAUGAGCUAGAAGUUAAUUUUUAAUUAAUUAAAAUUUAUCUUGAAUAAUACUUAUUUUCAUCGCCCAAAGAACGAAUUUCAUAUAAGAGGGUCAUCACGACGCUGGAUCAUUAUGACUCCGAAUCUACUAGAAAUAUAUUUUAUCUGUAUAAUCACAACCGAUUUACACUCGCAUUCAAUAACAAUGAUAAUAUCAUAUAAUAACAGAAAUAUACCAUAACCCCCACACUGAUCGUAGACGAGGCAGUGCAGAACGUACGGGUGCAUAAAAUACAGUGCAGAAACUAAAACCUGUGCGAUCUACGAUCAAAGAAACGGCUUCGGCAAAUAAUGUAAAUGGCCAGUUGUCAAAGACAUCACAGUAUAGUCUCGUAAUAAGAUUCAUAACUAAAAGGUCCGCACGCGCCACAUCGUUUGCAGUCUGCUAUCGCGUGCAUUAAAUAUAACAACCUAGCAACUUCAAUUCAUGAUGAACACAAACUAUCCAUUUUCGUGGGAGAUGUUAAACAAAACUUUUUUUUCAAUAGAAAUAGACGCGUUAACUUAAACGGUAAGGCAUGUACGUAUCAUAAUGCGCAUUCCGAUGUAUUCAGCGGAGAUCGUGAUGCACUGCCGCGGCACACGUAUCGUCACAGCUCACAGCACACACUGAUCCCCUUCACUUAUCUACUGAAGGCCACUGUGCUCGUACCCGUCAAUACAACUAAUAACCCGAAUCUCUCUAUUAGCAUCUUGAGCAGAGACAUGCAUCUCAAAUACGCUACAAUCUUAAUAGCGCAAUAUAUUCACGUGAAACUGGUCCCAAAUAAUCCAUUAUAUCCAGUCGACCCCUUUUGGCACAGAUUUGCAUGUUCCAUCAGUGUGAAAAAAAACACAUGUACAAGAACUGAUUGCAACUUACAAUACCGUCGAAAUGCCGACAGGGCACAUUAAUCGAGCAGAUCCUGCUUGCAGGCAUGUAUUUUCAAGAAAAAUAUAACGGGAAACUGGUUUGACCCAAGUUAAAAUACAAUUUGAACACCCGAGUUAAUAUUUUCUUUACUCAAUUGCACGAGUUAGCAUGAUCCAGGUCAACUCCUAAGCGCUAAACGUACAUCGACUACAAAUAGUCAAAGACAAAGCAAUCUCCCCAUGCACGCAGUCAGCCCAAUAUACGGUAUGAAAAAUAUCCGUAGAGAGUUUAGACUCUCCCAAGAGUGGAAUUUACUCAGUAUGCAGUGGACGGGAACAUAGUGAACUAUAUUCUGCACGCAAUCAACCUAACCCUAACCUAGAAACGUUUACUAGUUUAGUAACUAAUCGGACGAGUUGCAAUAGAAGUAGACAACCUUCACUCAAG